CGAUUUCACGUCUAUUGAUCGAUUCCGAAAAGACGGCAUGUCACACCAAUAUGAUCUCAAAAACAACAAUCUGCUUUUAGAAGUGCAAGAGAAAGCGCAAGUGCAAGAGGAAGUGCAAGAGGAAGUGCAAGAGGAAGUGGAAAUGGAAGUGGAAAUGGAAGAGGAAGUGCAAGAGGAAGUGCAAGAGGAAGUGCAAGAGGAAGUGGAAAUGGAACAAGAGGAAGUGCAAGAGGAUGGGACUUAG